UUGUUUACAGAAUAUCUCACAAUCAUACAGCAUUUUUAAUGCAACAGUCUCACAAUUUUAAUGCAAUAACAAUCUUAAAUUUUUCAUAAAUCUCACAAUAUUUGUUACACAAAAAAUCUUCCAAAAUUAAACUAUCAUCACCAACACAUCUCUCAACGAAAAUCACAUUACCCGUCCUUCAAGUCUCCCCGAAAUUAACCCGCACCGAAUAUAAGAAUGAAAACCGAUGCAGCCGAAUUUCAGGUCAGAUUUACCGGUGUAUUUCUAAGAAAUCAGCAAUAACGUCGGAUCUCGUCUGCGAUUGCCGAAAGUAAAGGAAGAUUUGACUUUUUGCUCCGAUAUUAACGGAACGGCGUUAACCCUGAGGGGCCUUUCUGUGGCGGACUGCUGAAGGGGUAGAGGGGACCGUACAUAUAAAGGAGAGAGCCCCGUGCUCUGGGGGCUCAGUACCGUUCAAAGAUGCAGGUUGCUGAGAUAAUACGUGGUACCAGGGCUACCUACGAACUUGUGUUUCUCGUAUAUCUUUCUGUCGCUUAUGUCCAUUCGUUACCACUUCAAGUUUUACCAAGUAUCCCGGGUUAUAUUCCGGUUUAUAUAAGACAUGGUGAUCAGCCAUUGGAAGAAAUAAAUCCUGCAUUAGCAGAGGCAUUCCACGAAGGAUCGAGUUUAUCUAAGAGUAUUAACUUAGAUAAUAUUUCUGGUCCCGAGGAGAUCAAUCCCGUCGAAGAUGAGACGUAUAAAUAUGAUAUUUACCCGUUACAUAUUAGGCAAGUGAAUAAUCAUUUCUCUGCUAAUGAUGAGGAUGAUAAAAAGUCGGUCGAAGCGAAUGCGAAGACGGAAACAUUAAAGCAUGCCAGCAAUGUGGAGAAAAAAAGUCGUGAAGAGAAAUCUAGGCGGAAAGGAGCUUCGAAACCGGUGGUCAAAGUUAAUCCACUGACCGAAGAGAAGAAAGAGACCCUGGAGAAAUUGCAAAUCGAUGUUAGAAAAAGUGAAGAGCUCAAUUCGGACCUGCACGAACGAUUGCAAACAGAUGAAAUUAAUCGCAAUACUAACGAAGAAAUUUUUAAACAGCAUAUAGAAGUUGAUCCAACCGCCAAUUAUUCAAUUCAACCUGACCCCUCUCCAAUUAAAGAUGUCGACAAGGAUGCUCCAGCAUCCACGCUCUCCAACGAAGAAAUGCCCGUUAAAAAUCAACGUCAGCCGAAUGUUUUAUCCAACGUUCAAAAAUUACUGUCACCGCCGAUGUUUCUCAAAGCAGACGAAGAACGAACGGAGAAACAAUCGUUGAAUGACAAAUCAAAAUAAAGAAAACGUACACCCUUUUAUAGUGAGACUUACUUGUAGUGAUAUGAGUAGUAUACAAUUUUGUGAUGAAUAACUUUACGAAUAGACUUAUCCUAUUAUCAAGUAUUACAAAUAGUUCAUGAGAUGCAAUAAAGAUUUAUGGAAAUCGUGUUUAAAGAUGGUUGGAAGAGGUACAUGAGUAUUUUCGAAUUAGAAUAAUUAGAAUAGAGAUUCGUACGUGGAGUCUCGUUAUAUGGCCAUAUUUAUAGGGAACGUUGGCUAAUUGUUGUAGUGUAUAUUGGCACUGUUGUUAUGAAAUAAUAUUCAGAUUUGUCAUUUUUUGCUGGAUUUCAAGCUUUGUAUAUUUUUGUUCAAAUUUUGAUGAU